CCCUGUAACCAUGUAAACUUCAAAGUAGCAUCAGCCACUCAGUUCCCGUCAAAAAUGACUGUAACCUUCAGAAAGUAUUCAGUAUUAGUGGAAGAUUAUAGACCAUGGCGAAAAACUCGUGUGUGAUUCACUAAAGGGCCAUCGGGUUUCCAGAGAUCUUCGGAAAAUCCUCUGGGCUAAACAUUUGUAUGCGGGAUUUGCUGGUCAUUUUGCUAGAUUGUCCGAGUAAAACUACCCAUCUGCUGGGAAGGUGGCUCAUUUCGGAUGAGAACUAAGUGACUGAUGCUACUUUGAAGUUUACAUGGUUACAGGGAAAAAACGGGUUAGCUGAAGUUCCUUUGAUCUGAAGAUGAAAAUAAAUAAUGCCACGAUGAUCAGGAUAGCUGAUUACCUCUGGCUCGAGUGUUUUUGAGAUUUCCAAAUCUCCAGACUUAAACAUAGUAUGGUCUGUGGAGAACAUCUCUAGCUCCCAGAUGAUAAGAGAUGGAAAUCUGAGAUUUGUCGAGAAUUGUAGAUCAACACCCACGGUCUCCAGUUCACUGUUUGGAAUCAAAAAUCCAAAACUUCUUCAAUGGUGAGAAGGUUUCUGCAAAACGUUUUGAAGAGACUUACCACCUGCAGGUAGUAUUUCUGAAUUUAUUUUUCCAUAAACGGAUAGCCCCCAGAUUCUACUCUCUAAAACUGAAAACCGUAGCUCUCUAUCAUUUUUCGUUAAAAAGUUAUGCGCAAAAUAGCGGACUGCACGGUUCAUUGAAAAAGAUGGUAGUACAAAAUAUCUUGAAGAGAAGUUCUGCUGUGCUUUCACAUAUAUACUAAAAUAGAUCAUAACAAUGAUAAGCAAAUACAUAGAGUUAAAAUGAGUUCGACUUGACCCUAAUGAAAUAUUGAGAUGUCGCAAAGCUUUGAAAAUUUUUCAUUUCAAUAAUAUAUGCUUGUUAAAACAAAACGAUGAACGAAGUUUGCUCCCAUCGCGAUUCUACUUCAUAUCAGAGAAAAUCGUCAUUGUGACAUAAGAAAACCUUACCUUAACCUGAGUGUUAUAGUAAGUUGCAAAACGAUUUUUUUAAUUCUUGCACGAUCAAGUUAAGAAUAAAGCAAAAGAGUUGGCUUGAGAGCAGCAUAAUUGAGAAAUACUGUAAAUAAGAGAGUAGCACCAUAUAUGGCUGAAUGAAAGUUAUGUAGAAAAGGUUUCAAAGGAGGAGGUUGGCGUAAAUACGGACGUUCGUUUUAGCUGUUCUCGAGUAAAUAUUGUGUAGCAUUCUAAGAAUCAGCCUCUGUUGUUGAUACCGUCUUGUUUUGGAGCAAUGAAAAAAUGAAUGUUAAUGGCAUGACAGAUGAUAUAUGAAAUAUGUUUCGUUGAUAAUUAACUUGAAAGAUAAUAAGUUUAUGAGUUUUUCACAAUAUGUUUAGAUGAUGGAUGGACGCUGAUGUUGACAAAACGUUACGAUGAAAAUUAAACGUCGAUCAAGUAGUGUUCAUCCAACGAACAUUGCACUAGAAAACCAGCUAAUUGGUAAACCAAUUAGUCCACUGCAGAAACACCAUUGUACAGAUAUUCUAUGUUUAAUAAUAUUUUUCUUAUUUAUUAUUGGUUAUAUAAUAUUUGCUGCUAUUGUCUUCACUAGUGGUAAUCCUAGUCAACUUCUACAUCCAACAGAUUCUCAGGGACAAAUAUGUGGCGAAGAGCCGUAUGAAGAUAAAAAAUAUUUAUUUUUCUUUGAUAUUACUCAAUGUUUGUCAUGGACAACAUUAAUUCAACGUUGUUCAACAAAACAAAUAUGUGUUCAACAAUGCCCGACAACGGAUAUGACUAAUGCUAUUAUUGAUGCACGUUCUAAUUUAUUUCCAUCUAAUCGUCAGACAUAUCGUUCACAACUCGUUUGCGAUUACGGUAUUGAUCCAAAUAUGGCUCCCUACGACACACUUACUGCAAGUCAAUUAGUUCAACAAGGAAAAUGUGCUUCAUACACAUUAGCAUCUUCAUCGAUAGCUGGUCGAUGUUUUCCGACAAUAGUUAAUCUUGGAUUAUCGGACACAGCCAUCAUUUACAAUGAUAAUGACACAAAUCAAAAUUUUACAUUUAAUGCAUCAAAUGGUCAACAAUUAACAACAAAUUUGAUUAAUCAAGCUAUUCAAAUUGUUCAGAAAUUAUAUGGACUGCAAGUAUUUGCUGAGAAAAUUGGCCACGAUAUUUAUGAAAGUUUAACUUUCAUUGCUAUUGGUUCGAUAUUGGCUAUUAUUUUAACAUUUCUAGUGAUUAUUCUGAUGCGUUAUUGGGCUCGUCCACUUGUAUGGUUAAUAUUAUUGGCACUUGUUGGUGGUUUAAUAUUUUCAACUUAUUAUACGUUUAAUCAAUAUAUAGUAUUACGUUCACUUAAUACAACAUCAACUGCAACAUUUCAAUUUCAAACUGAUAUAAGUGAUUAUUUUUCGUAUCCUCAAACAUGGUUAGCAUUGGGUAUUAUAAGUGCUAUUGUUCUGCUUAUUGUUUUAUUAAUUCUAUUUGUUUUACGAAAGAGAAUACGUAUUGCAUUAGCAUUAAUCAAAGAAGCAAGUCGUGCAAUUGGAAAAACACCUACCACAUUAAUUUGGCCUAUUAUACCACUUUUAUUGUGUAUUGGUAUUAUUGUUCUGUGUGGUUCAAUGGCUGUGUUCACUGCAUCCUCAUCAAAACCAUUGUUUAUUGUGGUUAAUGCAUCUGCGAAUUGUUGUUCAACAUACACCAACGGUUCAUAUUGUAUUCCAAGUAGUUUUAAUGCAAUGUACAAUAACACUGGAGCUAGUUGUGUAUUUUUGAACUACGGUUAUGCUGAUAAUUAUGCCUUUGAUCAGUUACCUCAGGUUCAUCAAUAUUACAGAGAAUUUAUUCGAUUUCUUAACAAGUAUAAGUUUAUUCCACAUCUAUAUAAUCUAUUUGGUUUUUUAUGGUUUUCUACCUUCAUCACCGGUUUUCAUCAACUUGUACUAGCUGGUGCUUUUGCAUCGUACUAUUGGACAAUGGACAAAACUCGUUUUAUUGGUUUUCCACUAUUAUCUUCUAUUAAACGUUCAUUGCUUUAUCAUGUUGGCUCUGUUGCUUUUGGUUCAUUGAUAAUAGCCAUUAUUAAGAUGAUUCGAAUUAUAUUUCAAUUUAUUGAAAAUCGUUUAAAAAAUCGUCAAGGCACUGGAAUAUUACGUUGUUGUAUAAGAUGUAUCGGUUGCUGUUGUUUAUGUUUUGAAAGAUUUUUUAAAUUUAUUAAUCGUAAUGCUUAUAUCAUGAUAUCAAUCUAUAGUAAACAUUUUUUACAUUCAGCUAAAACUGCAUUCAAAUUAAUUAUUAAUAAUCCAUUACGUGCAAUUGUACUCGAUAAAGUUACAGAUUUUCUCAUAUUUCUAGGUGUUCUAUUUAUAACAGCAUUAAUUGGAAUUUUGGCUUAUCUAUUUUUUUCAGGUAAAAUAUAUUUAACAAAGAUUGGUUUAGUACGACCAGAUUUAAAUUAUUUUUGGUGUCCAAUUAUUCUCAUUGUGAUUAUUACAUUUUUAAUUGCUAUUAGCUUUUUUGAUGUUUUCGAAAUGGCUGUUGAUACAUUAUUCCUCUGUGCAUUAAAAGAUAUGGAAGUGAAUAAUGGUACAAUUGAAAAACCCUAUUAUAUGACAAAAAGUUUGGCAAAAGUUCUUAAUAAAUAUAAUAAAGUACCUCAGGCAGUCGAAGGGAAAUGA